CCUCCCUUCGACCCACCUCGCGCUAGGCUCUCGCGAUACCACGUCCAGGAGGUCUCGUCUGCGGGGAGGGGGGGGAGGGGAGGGGCUCGCAGUAUUCCUGGCCCUGUAGCAGCAACUGGCGCGGUAGCUGCCGUCGGAGGCUGAGCUGCCGCCGCUGCUGCAGCUGCCACCGCCAGGAGGAGAAACCGGCCCUUUCGUCACCCCCCUCCAACCCGCCUCCCCCAUCCCCCCCGUCCGCCUGCGGGUCGUGGAGGGAAGCAGCAGCAAGGCGGGCGCAGUCCCGGGGCCCCUGUGCAGGAAGCCACCCUUGCCCGUGCCCAGGGCCCCCGGGGGUGGGCAGAGUCGCCGCGCGCCCCCAGCUGACAGCGAUUGCAGGAGAGGGGAUCGGCUGGGCCGUCGCGGCUGCAGCACCUGCGGAUCGCCGGGGAGUUACUGGGGGCCCCGGCCCGGACGGGCGGGCGGAGGCACUGGCUGGCUCCCACUGGGCCGCCUCCCCUUAGCUGCAGCCGUCGGUGGAAGAUGUCUCAGGAGAGGCCUAAGUUCUACCGGCAGGAGCUGAACAAGACCAUCUGGGAGGUGCCCGAGCGCUACCAGAACCUGUCCCCGGUAGGCUCGGGAGCCUAUGGAUCCGUGUGUGCUGCUGUUGACAAAAAAACAGGAUUACGUGUGGCAGUGAAGAAGUUAUCCAGACCAUUUCAGUCCAUCAUCCAUGCAAAAAGGACUUACAGGGAAUUGCGGUUGCUUAAGCAUAUGAAACAUGAAAAUGUAAUUGGCCUAUUAGAUGUUUUCACACCUGCAAAGUCUCUGGAGGAAUUCAAUGAUGUGUAUCUGGUGACACAUCUCAUGGGGGCGGAUCUGAACAAUAUUGUGAAAUGUCAAAAGCUCACCGAUGACCAUGUACAGUUCCUUAUCUACCAGAUUCUCCGAGGCCUAAAGUAUAUUCUUCAGCUGACAUUAUACACAGAAACUGAGCAAGGAGCCGGCAUGGGAGGCCGUGAAAGAACUCUGGGGGGAGUUGCAGGACGAUACCUGGAUCUGUUAUCUUUUCUUCAGAUCCUAGAUUUUGGAUUGGCCCCGGCACACAGAUGUGAAAUGACAGGCUAUGGGGCUACCCCGGUGGUUGAUAUGUGGUCAGUGGGAUGCAUAAUGGCUGAGCUGUUGACUGGAAGGACACUGUUUCGAACAGACCAUAUUGAUCAGUUGAAGCUCAUUUUAAGACUCGUUGGAACCCCAGGGGCUGAGCUUUUGAAGAAAAUCUCUUCAGAGUCUGCAAGAAAUUAUAUUCAAUCUUUGACCCAGAUGCCGAAAAUGAACUUUGCAAAUGUGUUUAUUGGUGCCAAUCCAUUGGCUGUUGAUCUGCUGGAGAAGAUGCUUGUGUUGGACUCGGAUAAAAGAAUUACAGCAGCUCAAGCCCUUGCCCAUGGCUACUUUGCCCAGUACCAUGAUCCUGAUGAUGAACCAGUUGCAGACCCCUAUGACCAGUCGUUUGAAAGCAGGGAUCUCCUGAUAGAUGAGUGGAAAAGCCUGACCUAUGAUGAAGUUAUUAGUUUUGUGCCACCGCCCCUUGACCAAGAAGAGAUGGAGUCCUGAAGACCUGGUUUCUGUUCUGUUGGUCGCACGUCACUGUGAGGGAAAGGCCUUUUCAUGGGAACUCUCCAAAAUAUCAUUCAAGUGCCUCUUGUUGCAAAGAUUCUCCAUGGUGGAAGUGGGUGUGUGCGCGUGUGUGCGUGUGCGUGUGUCUGUGUAUCUGUGUGUCUGUCUGCCCGUGUACAUGUGUGGUGAGCUGAGAGUGAGGGAGCUAUUUAUAUGGUGACUUUCUUUCUGUAAACAUGCUCAGUGAAGCUCUUGGACAGCCUCUGCUUUAGUCCCUCUGGGGAAAAGUCAAUCCAGGCGUCUCGGUUGCCAUGUUGCUGGGGUGUAGUAGAUGUGAAGCCAAAAAACCCCACAAACAUCCCAGAUCCCGGGCUCACUUAUGACCACCAUCAUCUGGGCUCUUCUACGGAGCAGCUGGAAGGAUGGUGGUGAUGAUUUCUUGCUCGCCCAUAACAUCCCUCUCCCGGCUCCAUGGAGACGAGGGGGCAGGUGCUUGUUUGUUGGCGUGAGCCUUGUGGCCGCCUGAAAACCUGAAGCCUUUGUCAGCAAUGUGUACAGCUAGAAGGACCACCUCACAUCUGUACCCCAACAUGUGAUGGGAUUGCCUAGUGUGGUCCUCACAUUGUGGCAGGUUUGUGUGAAAUUGUAAAUAUGUUUGUGCCUUAUAUAUAAAGAGAGAAGAACAUUUGAGGAGUCAAGGGAAUCUAGCAGACUGGUGUUUCUGAGCCACUCACAUGAAAGAGGCUUCAGGCAGCCACAUGGGUGUGAACCCAUUUUUAACAGAUGAGCCUACAGAGGCAGCUUCGUGUUUGCAUGCGUGCGUGCCUGUGUAUGUGUGUGCCUCUGUGUGUGUGUGUGUGUGUGUGUGAGAGAGAGAGAGCACGCGUGUCUCUUUCUCCCUGUAUUCAGUGUUGCCAUUUCUCUCUGCUCCUUCUCACCUUUGGCUCAGGGGCCUCCCAGACACUGGCCCCGGGAGUUGAAUGCAGGUUCUAGUCUGUGUGCAUCCUGUGUGCUCUUUAUUCCUAGCCCAGUGCGGGGUGUUGUGCAUGUCUUGCUUUUUGUGCAUGCAGAGCUGCUUGUCAAGUCCCUGGGACAGUGGGGAGAGGCCCUGGUGCGGAGCAGGAUGGGCAGCGAAGAGCUGGGCAAGCCAAUUCAGACCCUCUUUCACCUCAGCUGACGUGAUAGGAAAAGUCUCACCAGCCUCCCUGCUCAGUCUCCCAGUGCUGUUCAUUAGGAGUAUACUGGAUAUUAUCCUGGGUGUUUGGAUGUGAAAACAAUGAAGAAAUGGGACUGGUUGCAGUAUCUCUUUUUUCUUGUCAUCAUGGUUUUCAAAGAGACUCUUUUGCUGGGCUCUGGUGGGCAAGGUUAGGACUUUUCCCAGGAUCAUCCCAGAUUUUGGAAAUUGGAAGUUCUAUUCACACUCACCCACCCAUUCUUAGAAAUACUGAAGAUCAAAACAAAGAAUAAAAGUGCAUGAGGCAAGAAACCCUUUUUUUCUGUCUCUUUCUAAAUACCGAGAAAUUUAUUGAGGUGUUCUUUCUCUUGAAGGAUCUAUUGGCAGCUUGGCAUUAUUCUUCUCUUGCCUAGAGAAAUAGGGCAAAGGGCUCUGGGUUUGGGAGAAACAAAUUUUGUUUCAGUAUUGGCUGUAUUGCAGGGGUCCUUUGGGAAUACGAUUCCUGUUUUUAGUAGGGAAGAAGGGCAGGUUAUUUCAGUAUAUUGUAUAUGCAACCUUCUCCAUCUGAAAUCUCCUCAUUUUUAUUUCAGAAUUACCUGGGCAAAGGUAUUGAGAUGUUUUUUUUUUUUUAAUCUCAUGUUUACAAAGCACAUAGUUGCUGCAAAAUUAGUAAGAGCUGUUUUCAAAGUUUUGGAGAGUCCAUGCAUCUUGUGUUACUUAUGGGCCCAUACAUUCAAGGCUUUUCUGGAGAGAAAAAAGAGCAAAGCACAUGCAGAGAAUGGGAGUCAGAUGGGUUGGACCCGGUUGUUUGAGUGCAUCUGUCUCAGUAGAGUGGAAUGCAGCCCCAGAGGCCUGUGAGAAAAUCCAUCACCUCUGAGUGACUAUGGGCUGAAGGGAGAGAAAAAGACAGCUUGACCAGGCUUCCCACACACCCCCUGGAGGAAGUUACCUAAAGAUGCCCUCCCUGCUGUCUUCAGUGUGCAGGUCAGCUCCUCACAGAGAAAUGUAAAUAUCUCCUCCAAUACCCACAGCAAGAUGAAUCUUAUUAGCCAUAUUUGGUGCAAAUGCUAGUGUAACUUCCUGCAGAAAUACUGCUCAGAUUUUUUUUUUAAUUAAGGUUUCUGCAUGUGUGCCUACAUGUGUUGAGAGACUGCAUGUCCCAGAAGCCUGGACUUUAACUGGACCUUGCUGGAGAGCUCCUUGGUUUCUAAGCAUCAUUGCUCCCACCUCUAGGUCAUCUGUCAAAAGACACCUUGGGGUGACAGAACAAGGGAGAGACUACUCUUUUAUUUGUAUCCAUGAACUUUUGCUGUAAUCAGUUCCACCAUAUAGGAUGUCACACAAUACCACUGGUUAAAAUAAAGCCUAUUUUUGAAGUUUAA